AUGCCGGCAUUCAAGCGCGACAGUGCUAGCCGCCUCCGCGAUGCUGAGCGGUGCAUGAAGGGCGGCGAGCCGCUGACGAUGCGCGAGGCGUCCUUCAUCAGCUCGCUGAUGGGACACGCCCAGCACAUCGACGCGGCCACCGUCCGGUUCACCAUGCACAUCGACGGCAGCCUCGACGGGCAGAUCAACUUGAAGUCCGAGUACACACGGGAGCUGGAGCGCGCGGAGCGCGAGCGAGCGGGCACGGACCCGAGGAUAUAA